CUUUGUUGGUUGGCAGCAGUGAAGAUGGCGGCGUCAGGGAGGAGUACAUUAUUAUCCUCCAACAACAGUGGACUAAACAGCACAGCCGAACAACCAAACACUGAAGACGAAGAUGGACAGGAUUUAUGGUCUGCUAUUCUGAGCGAAGUAUCAACUCACUCCAGAUCUAAACUACCGUCCGGGAAAAAUGUGCUGGUCAUGGGGGAGGUGGGUUCGGGGAAGACCACCCUGGUUGCUAAACUACAGGGUGUGGAGGACUUCCUGAAGGGGCGUGGCCUGGAAUACCUCUACUUUAGUGUCCAUGACGACGACAUUGACGACCAAACCAGGUGUAAUGCCUGGGUGUUAGAUGGGGAUCUGUACCAUAAAGGUCUGCAGUCUGUUGCUGUGCAACGAGAGGCGCUUGGUGACUCGUUGCUAUUGGUUACUGUGGACCUGUCGCGGCCGUGGGUCGCCAUGGAAUCGCUUCAGAAGUGGGCGGCUGUCGCUAGGGAACAUAUCGACAAGCUCCGGGUCCCCCCGGAAACACUGAGGGAGCUGGAGAACAGAAUGGCCAGACAGUUCCAGGAGUAUGUGGAUCCUGGCUGGGAGGAGAGCGCCCCCCAGAGGAGGAGUGAGGAGGAGGAGAACGUUCUGCUGCCGCUCGGCGAAAACACACUCACACACAACCUGGGACUACCCAUGGUGGUGGUCUGCACUAAGUGCGAUGCCAUCAGUACGUUGGAGAAGGAGUAUGACUACAAAGACGAACACCUGGACUUCAUCCAGUCAUACAUCAGACGCUUCUGUCUACAGUACGGGGCAUCUCUGCUGUAUACGUCGGUUAAGGAAAUGAAGAAUGUGGAUGUUCUGUAUAAAUACCUGGUUCACAGACUUUACGGUUUCCCCUUCCACUACCCUGCUCAACUGGUGGAGAAAGACACAGUCUUCAUUCCGUCAGGGUGGGAUAAUGAAAAUAAGAUAUCUAUCCUCCAUGAGAACUUCCAAACGCUGAAACUAAACGACAUCUUUGAGGAGGUCAUCGUCAAACCGCCUGUCAGAAAGUUUGUUCAUGAGAAGGAGAUUCAGGCUGAAGAUGACCAGGUGUUUCUGCUCAAGCUGCAGUCGCUGCUCUCCAAACAGCCUCCUGCAUCUGCCGGACGACCAGGGGAGUCCAGCAGUAGUAGAGGUCCCAGUGGUUCUCCCAGGACCAGUAAUCGUUCAGCUGCAGCCAACGUAGCUAACACCAUGCCCCAAUCAGCCGGUCAGACCAGUGAGGGGGUGCUGGCUAACUUCUUCAACAGUCUUCUGACCAAGAAGGCCGGAGCAUCGCCGCCGGGCAACAGCACACCAGGGACUGUUCGCAAGUCAGGUUCUAAGCUGGGUCUGAGUGAUGUCCAGGCAGAGUUGGACAGGAUCAGCUGCAGAGAGAAUGAUGAGACCAACAACAGCAACACUAACAACCCUAACCCCAGUACUGAGACCAAUGAAGAACAGACAUGAACAGACCACCUCCCUCUUCCUCCCCCCUACCUCACCCCCCCCAGACCAUAUGUGAAGAGAACAAACCUCACCCUCCUCCCAUUCUCACCUCUCCUGACCUCCCCUCCUCACCCCCCAGUGAGACCACCACAUACCAGACAUGAAGACACGUCAGCCCUACCUCAUUCCCCAGACCAUACAUGGAGACCAGACCUCACCCCAACAGGCCAGAACAGAUUAGAUAUGAAGACCUUCUUCAGGACGGAGAUGGAGAGGUAUGGGGAUGGAGAGGGAGGAAGGAGAGAGAGAUAGUGGGAGCAGGAGGGGGAGAGAGAUGGACAGGUAUGGGGAUGGAUGGAUGGAUGGAUGGAGGGAGAGAAAGAGAGAGAGAGAUGGACAGGUAUGGGGAGAGAGGGAGCAGGAGGCAGCAAGUAUGGGAAUGGGAGGGAGGGAGGGAAAGAAAGAGGACGACAGGGAGGAAAAAUAUAUAUUCCCCUUUCACCAGAUGAGGUAUUUAGGGUGAUCUUGAUACUGUAGGAUAUAUUGAAGGAUUUAUGUAUAUAGUUGACUGAGAUACUGUAGGAAUUGUGUGUGUGUGCGCGCAUGCGCAGGUAGGGAUGGAGAAUGUUAGACAGAGCCAUGUAAAGAGAGAGUUUGGCCCUUGAGGUUUCAACCAAAAAGCAGCAAUCUUCUGAGAUGUCGCAUAACUCUAUGGCAGACAUAUUGACAGAAUCAUAAACCAAGUUCACUAGCAUAACUAACAUAACUGAGAGAAUCAUAAACCAAGUAUUAGAACUAUAACCAAAGUCCUUAUGAAUGGAAGGUUCAUCCACUGAGGCAGGCAACGAUAUGGCUUCCGGCUGGCUCUGAAGUGGGCCAAACUCUCUGUGACUGCUUUUAGAUGUAGAUAUAGAUGGGGAGGGGGUGUAGUUGAGCUUUAUUUGUACAGUUAGGAGAAGCACUAAUGGUUUAUAACCCAAUAGUUAAUACAAGGAGGGAGGGAUGGCUGGGGGCACCUGGAAAGUGUACAGUCCCUUUGUCUUGCUGUAAUCUGAUUGGUCUGUUAUUUCAGAACUGUAACCUGAUUGGUAUGUUAUUUCAUUGUUCUGUGGUGGCAUUUGUAUCAUCAGGUCUAUAAUGAGUCAAAUAAAGGUGUAUUUAUUCUGAC